AUGGGACAACAAAGUAAGACAGACAGUACAAGAUACAAGAAGAAAAGACGGACUAUUACCCAAAUUAUGCCGAUCAUUACCUCUGGAGCUCAAGAGUUCCAUCUCUCUCAUGAAGAAGAAGAUAAAUUGAACGAAUUUCAAACCAUAACAAACUUCCCAGAAGAUGAAAUCCCUAAUAUAAUCAAACUUUUACAGAACAAUGGUUGGAAUUUAGAAAUUUCACUAAGUCGUUAUUUUGAUAAUGAUUGGAAAGAAUCAUUAAACGCGCCACCUGUCCCAAGUCAUCCAUUAGCCUCCCCUCCUCUUCCUGUCGAUGACAAUUUGAACCAGGCACUACCCUUAAGACCAGCGGCUAACGAUUUCAAUCCAUUCCCAUUCAUCCCACAAUUACGUCUAAUCUCAAAACUUCCCUUGGGGUUUAAAGAAAAAUACAGAAUGAUAGGGUUACAACCGACUGCGAAAUCCUCAUUGAGCAGCACGAAUCCACUUAUCUUCAUGCUAAUGAUCUUACCUAAUCUUAUAUUUAAGUUGGGAUCGUUCAUAUGGUCCUUGUUAACGAUGGGGCUCUUUAAGGGUAAAGAAGAGAAAGCUAAUAACGUUAUAGGUGAGGGGAAGUAUCGUAUUUGUAGUAUACCUAAAAAUCCUCAAUACGUGGAAUUCAAUGAAAUUCAAAAAAAUAAGUUGAAAAUGAUCGUUGAUGAUUUUACCGCUUUAGCUGAUGAGAAGAAGGACAAUAAUUCUUCGUUGAUUUGUUGGGAUUUAUCCUUUAAUGAAUUUUUGGAUGUUUGUAAGAAUGAAUUCAAAUUUGGGUUGAUUGUUCUCGUUGGUGAUCUUCUAGGGAAAACAGAAGAAGAAAAUGAAAAGCUAGAAGGUAUAGAAGAAAUUAGUGUUGAUAAUGAGUCGCAACAAAUUGAUAUGAAUUCUCAAUUAUUUGUCGAUAAGAUCUUGAAUGAUGAACGUAUUGUUCAAUUACUACGAAGUCAUUCUGAUGAUUUAAUAGUUUAUUUCGGGUCUGUUGUGGAGUUAGAAACAUGGUUGAUUGCAAAACAAUUGAAUUUGAAGUAUACACCUGAAUGUUUACUGAUUGGAAAUGUAAUGAAUGGGAAUGGUAAUGUUACUAAAUUAUCCAUAUUGAGUAAAUUGAAAGUCACCACAGUGAAAAGAUUUACCAAAUCAUUCAAUAGUGCCGUUGCGAAAUAUCAACCUGAAUUAGUUAUCAGUAGGAAUGAAAAAAAUGAACUAGACUUAGCAAGACAAAUUAAGUUAUCUCAGGAAGAAGCAUAUGAAAAUUCAUUGAAACAAGAUCAAUUAAAGGAACAACAAAAGGAGAUGGAACGUCAAACCAUGGAAUUAAUGAAACGUAAAGAAGAAAUGAUGAAAAUUGAAGAAAGUUAUAAACAUGUCAAAUGGCUGCAUUCCUGUUUGCAAAUAUUAGAAGAUGAUUAUUCGAAGAAGCCUGAGGGAUCAGAGCCUCAAAAGAUGGCAACAUUACAAAUCAGAACCUCACAAGGAACUAGACUUGUUCGUAAAUUUGAUAGCAGGGCCACGCUACAUGACAUAUAUAUAAAUAUUGGCUGCCACUUGUUUUUGGAUAACCAUUCAUUAGAUCUUAAUGAAUGGACAAAAAGUAUUGUUGAUAAAAUUAAAAAUUUAAGUGACAAUGAUACUGUGUUGUGUUUCAAAGAUAGAGAGAUAAUAGAGGAUGAAAUUAUUGAUGAUGCAAACGAAUUACGAGCUAUUAUUAAUGAAGAAUUGAUUAAAUGGGAAUCGCAACUCAUUGGCAAUAGUGAGAUGCAUGGUGAUAUGGAAACUUUUGAAUUAGAUUUUGAUUUUGAAUUAGUUUCGCCUUUCCCAAGAUUCAUUGUUCCUACAGAUAAGAACAUGACAGUGAAAGAAGUUACACAAUUAUGGCCCAAUGGAAGUUUGCUUGUAGAAAAAAUUGCAGCUGCUGAGGAAGAUGAAGAGGAAGAGGAGGAACUCGAAAACUAA